GGCCUGCGCAGCUACGCGGCGCUGCCCGUGCGCGUGGUGGAGGAUCACCAGGAUGUUCUGCCUUUCAUCUAUCGUGCUAUUGGCUCAAAGCAUCUUCCUGCCAGCAACAUCAGCUUUGUCCAUCUUGAUUCUCAUCCAGACCUCCUUAUUCCUGUGAAUAUGCCAGCAGACACCGUAUUUGACAAAGAAGCUCUUUUUAGUGAAUUAAGUAUUGAGAACUGGAUUAUGCCUGCAGUUUAUGCUGGCCAUAUUUCUCAAGUAAUAUGGCUUCACCCCCCCUGGGCUCAGCAGAUCUCAGAAGGAAAACAUGACUUUUUAAUUGGGAAAGACAUAUCAACAACAACAAUCAGGGUUACGGGUACAGAUUAUUACUUUCUCAGUGAUGGUCUUUACGUCCCUGCUGAUCAACUGGAAAAUGAGAAGCCUUUAAGUUUACAUGUCAUCCUCAUUAAUCCUACUGAAGCAUUGAACAAUCAAGAAGAAAAUGGCAAAGCAGCAUCUGCUAAGAGAGUGAAGCUAAGUACAGAUGAUACAGCAAGCACUGCUUCUGCCUCUUCAUCAGAGAUUCCUGGUGACCUUGAUCACAGCUCCUCAAGUGUGAAUAACAAGGGAAUACAAAAUACAAGCACACAAAAUGGGACAGAAACUUUGUCAGAGGGCUCAGCUUCAUGCUCUCUUAGAAACAGUGAAUGCCCAAUAAGGGAAGCUGUUAAAGAUAUAUGCCAAGCCCUACAGAAAGGGGAUGCGUAUGUUUUAGACAUUGACUUAGAUUUUUUUUCUGUUAAAAAUCCGUUCAAAGAAAUAUACACGCAGAGAGAAUAUGAGCUUUUGCAAGAGUUGUACAGUUUUAAGAAGCCUCAUAGGAAUGCGACAGAGGAGGGCUUAGUGGAUUGUGUCGAAAACCGUGUUCAUCAGCUGGAAGAUCUGGAAGCAGCAUUUGCAGACUUGUGUGACAGUGAUGAUGAAGAGACACUACAGAAAUGGGCUUCAUAUCCUGGAAUGAAGCCACUUCUUCAACUCGUUCACAGUCUGAAAACCAGGAUGGAGAGCCCAGACUAUGAAAUGGUCCAUCAGGCUGGUCUCACCUGCGAUUAUAUUGAGCUUCCCCACCAUGUUAGCACUGAAGAGGAGAUAGAAGGCCUCAUAAGAUCCAUUAAAGUUCUGCUAAAAAAUAUGCCUAAACCAACACUUGUAACAGUUGCUCGAUCCAGUGUGGAUGACUAUUGCCCUUCAGAGCAGGUUGAUGUCAUUCAGGAGAAGGUUCUCGAUUUGCUACGUUCAGUGUAUGGCGCUCUGGAUGUGCACUUAGAUUACUCAAGCAGUUCAUCUUUCGUGUGA